AUGCGCACUCACACAACAACAGGAAUGUAUGUCAAGUUAAAGGACGUGAGACACGUGAUAAAAUUGCCACUUAAUUUGAGGAAGUCAGUAUCCAUUGCAUAUUGGUUAAAAGCAGCACAACAAAGAUCUGAUUAUUCGUUCAGACAUAUGCUACCUUUAGUUAUUCCAAAUAUGACAAGGAAUACGUCAGAGGAAUCAGACAUAUCAUUUCCUUUGAGAAUAACGGCGCCAGUUGUGAUUUUCUUCUUAGCCAUUUUUGUUUGUUUUACGUAUAAGAAAUGUAGGAGAAGAUGCAAAGAAUUCAAAGAAAGAAAGACAGCUGAGAUUUUGGUUCAGAAAGACGAAAAACAGACAACAUCAGACAAUAUCUUCGCUUUGCAAUAUUUUAUAAAAAAGGAAUUUAAUCUACAAGUUAACUUAGUCACCAAAAUUCGGCCUGGUAGGAAAUAUUUGCUGCCCUGCAAACAUCAAAACAGAAUUCCCGAAGAAAUUCAGCGUACUCUGAGGAAAAUGGGGUUUCAAGGAAUAGAACCUCCAAGUAGUGUUUUUAUUGUCAUCAUGAAAGAAUGUGUGAAGGGAAAGGAAACAGCAUAUGCAAGAGAACUGGAAAAUUCUUGUCUUCUGAUGAAAAUAAAACGGAUCGCUUGCGUCUUUUAUGAGGGAUGUCUAAUUUUUAAUUCCAGCUUCAAUGAUAAAGCAAAAGAAGAAAUCCGGUCAUUUUUUUCAUCUUAG